AGGCAUGGUUGACUGCCGGUGUUGUUAGCGUCUUCGGACGGUUUUCAAAAAUGGGGGGUCAUGUUCUGGACUCGGCGCUCGCUUCAGACCCCAGUCUGCAAGGCUGCGACUCUUGCACUGCAACUUUUCCAACCCUGAUCAACGUCCAAACGCCAACCUGCGACAAGAAGCGUUCCAGAAACCUCACUUUCUACCACGGCUCCGCGAACUUCCAUGUCUGAGCGCCGCCAUGGCAGUGUCACAAAUACAGCCUCUUUUCCUCGCCCAGCAACUUCUGUGCCCCUCGACAUGGGAUGCAAAAGAGGGACGGGAGAUGAACCUCACCACCCUCCGUGUCCGGCUUUCAAUUCCCCGUCAUCCGGUCUUGUCCCCCACAGCCUGCCCACGUAGCAACGGAUGCAAGAGACGGCCGUGUCUUUGCUGAAUGCGCCGAGCUCGAAUCUAUUUGUUUGGUUCGUUUCAUGCAGGGAAUGUCAAUAUUGAUUCAACUCUUUUUUUCGCUCACGUUGCAUCCGUUGGCUGCCUCAAUUCUCGAGUUGAAGUUGGAUGGUCGUCAAUGGGGGAAGAACAAGGCUUGCAAAAAUAUCCCGAUAUGCUGGCCCCCGGUUGACGCCCUGCCAAGACUUGAGAUCUCGAUAGGAUUUGGUCCGACGGGACAGACCUCACCAACUCGAUGUGGUUAAGAAAAGGAAUUUGAGUUGUGCUGACAGACAUGCUACGGUAUGAUUCGACGAUUUUGCCAACAAAAGAAGACGGAAUGUUCUAUGACGCAGGUGCUGGACGGGCCUUUCGCCGCCUUGAAGGCCAUGCCGCCUCUUUCAGAUGGGGGUUUCCAUGACGGACCGUUGUGGCGUUCUCAGUACUCUCCGCCCCAUCCCUACAGCGCCUAAUCGUAAUGGCAAACUCCCACGAGCGCCCAAUAUCGUUCCUGGCUUCGAACACAGCUCUCAGUGAGUAAUUUGGAUUGCGUAUCGACUGCUUGGCAGUUGUGGGAUCGCCUACUAUAUACAACAAGGAGCCAGUGCUCAGCAGGAAACAUCUCGAACCCGAAACGUUCCUAUGGCUAGCCACUGGGCCUUCCUGCUGGCCCCCAGCGUCAACUCCCGCGGUGGACAUUCAAGAUGCCGGGCGGCUGUCGUCUUGCGACCCGCCGCUUCCGGGGCUUCAACCCACUCGUUGUUUAAGCGCACCGGCCGGGUCUGCUGUCACGGCCGCAUGAUGCUAAGAAGAUCAGAGAGAUGAUGAAGUAGCCGCCUGGCUUGUUGAAGCCACGCAGUCUGACUGACGGGCCAAAAUAGCAGUUCGAGACCCGCCUAUCGAACGUCUUCGCUCUUCGUCGGGAUCUUUUGCUGACAGCGCUUAUCCUGUCUCUGUCUUCGUCCCCGUUGCCAGGAGGAAGUCCCCUCUCGGGAUGCUGGGGGUUGCUAUGCCCCACUCUUUCAUCCCAUCUUAGCGGUCUGUGCAACCGACCUUGGCGAAAACCCCAAACACAAUUCUGAGACGGCUUUGUCACAGCCGACCUCCUGCUCCCACCAUCCCCUCUGCCAGGGUCAGCAGCCAGGGUCUUCGCUCCGCAACGGAUGCCGCUCUGCGCGGGCGCCCAGCACGCCGAAAGCAAUGGGCAGGGAGCGAGACAGGGAGCAGCUGUCACGGUGAUGCCCUCCCGACAAGUUUCGAGACCGACCGCAACGCCCCUAGCAUCUUGGCCCGCGUCCUUGGGGGUGCACUGGCGGAAAAGGGGGGAAUCACAGCAAAGCGCAUGUCGUUUUCGAUCUCCAGCAUGCUUGGUACAAGAGCCCGUCCCAUGUGGCCGGCCCUCCUUCAAGAAGUCUUGUUUCCCUCUCUUUUUUUCUCCAUCCUCUCCUCACCCUCUCUCUCUCAUUAUUCCACCAUUGUUUUUCUCUUGUGUGUGUUCCGCUCUUUUGGUUGAUCCACAGUUCCUUCUUUGAUCUUUCCUCCAUCUUCACUUCUAUACGAGCAGGGACUCGCUUCAGCAUCCAGAGUUAUCUACGAUAUACACAACAUCGAAACUUAAUCAGAUCGAGAAAAAGGGAAACAGAAAAGAAGACAAAAUGAAGUUCUCUACAACAGCGAUCUUGGGCAUGGCCCCCCUUGCCUUUGCGAAGUCGGUUCACAACGUUGCUCCCGCGAAGAGAGAUGGACAUUUGCAAAAGGGUCACGAGAGCGUCAAGAUUUCCGACGAGCAGCUCGCUGAGCUCACCCGCCUCAUCGGUGUCCACAAGCCCAGCCACGGCAACAUCAACUUCCUCUGGGUCAACAUUGGUGGUGGUGCCCCUACCACUGUUGUUGGACAGGCCUCGACCGUAACCGUCACCGAGACCGUCAAGCACGAGGCCACCCCUCCUCCCGCCGUCGUCACCGGCGAGCCCGGCACCCCCGUCGAGCAACCCCCUCCCGAUGCCGUUGUUGGUGCCGGCGGUGCUACUCACAGCGUCACCGUCGGUGGCCCUCAAGGUCUUGCCUUCAGCCCCCAGGAGCUCAAGGCUUCCGUUGGCGAUACCGUCAUCUUCACCUUCCUCAGCCAAAACCACACUGCCACUCAGUCUGCCUUCGACACUCCUUGCGACCCUCUUGACGGUGGUAUGGACUCUGGUUUCCAGGCCAACGCCAACAACACCGUCAACCCCCCUCCCCAGGUCGCUAUGCAAGUGAUGGUUGACACUCCUCUUUGGUUCUACUGCCGCCAGGGCAACCACUGCGGAAAGGGCAUGGUUUUCUCCAUCAACCCCACCGCCGAGAAGACCCACGCCAUGUUCCAGUCCCUCGCCAUCCAGCAGAAGGGUAACGGUGCCGGCGGUGCCAUCACCGGCAACGCUCCCGCUCCCGACCCGAACGCUCCUCCUGCUGCUCCCCCCGCCGGCACUGAGACUGCUCCCCCUGCUGCCAACACUGGCCUCGUCCCCGGCGUCGGCAAGAUCGGUGCCGACGGCUCUUGCUCUUGCGUCGUCCAGUGCAGCUUCGGUGGCUUCCCCAACGUUGCCGUCCAAGGGAGGGAUUCCUUCGGCGGCUACGGUGGUGCCGUCCCCAUGGCCAUGGUCGGCGCCGCUCCUGCCGCCCCUGCCAAGAAGUUCAGGGCUUAAAUCAACAAGACUCUUUGAUAUUUUCUUUGCUGCGUCAUGAAAAAUAAAAAAGGCAUUUGCUUUUUUUUAUUGGCCCCAGGAUGAGAUGAUACCCCAUUGUAUAUUUUCUGGGGGAGAAUCACAUGGAAAAGGGUGGCAAGGUGUUUUUGGCGAGUGCGUUUAUGACAAUGAAUAAGGCGAAGUUGAAGGAUAGGGGAGAUACCAACGCUUCUGAUGUAGACUUUUUUUAUUUUCUUUUCAUGUUUCUUUUUAUUUUCAUUUUUACAAUCCCCCCCCCUAGUACUUCUUUUUUCUGGUCGUUGUUGUUGAUAUGACUGGCUCGUAUUUUUCUCUGGAUGCUUCACACCGUUUAUACCUUAAUGAGAGAGAAAUAAAAAAAAACCAAAAAUAUAUAUACCUUGUGGUGGAACUUAAGGGAUG